AUGCCCCGACUGCGGCCAGCUCUGUUCUGGCGCGCCAGGCGCACCAUCUCACCGCUGGCAACCUUGAUACUGCCCGCAUGUCGAGACCUAGCGUCGGCAGCUAACGAGCUGCGGUGGAUGCGCGAGCACAUCGCAGCGACGCCAUCGCCAAUGCCCUCCAAAAUGCGCUUGUGGUUUAUGUGCGACCAGCGAGCCAAGGGGAAGCCCCUGCAAUACGUCCUCGGGUCGCAGCCGUUCGGCCAUGUCGACAUCAAGUGCCGUCCAGGCGUGCUUAUUCCAAGACCCGAAACAGAAGCAUACACCAACGAGAUGGCGCGCCUCCUUCUCAGUACUCUGCCACCACAACCAAGCUCAGACAGCCCACAACUAACAUCGCUAAACAUCUUAGACCUGUGCUCUGGGACUGGCUGCAUCGCGCUCGAGCUGUAUGCGCAGCUCCAGCCGGCGGCGCAGUCCGCAGGGCACGCGUUGUCGGUGCUGGGGAUAGACGUGUCUCGACAGGCAGUACAGCUAGCGCGUGAGAACGUGGCGCACAACACGCAGCUCAACCUCAUUCCCGGCACCACCACCGCCACUUCUCCCAACAACGCAGACAUCCGCUUCGAGCAGGCCGACAUCUUUGCGCCAGAUUUCGAGGAACGCCUUGUCAGCAACAACCAGAGCCAAACCCCAAAAAGCUGGGAUGUGCUCAUCAGCAACCCGCCGUACAUCUCGUCGCGAGGGUUCGCGCGGGACACGGCGCGGUCGGUGCGGAACCACGAGCCGCGGCUGGCGCUGACGCCGCUACCAUCCCAUAAAACAACAACAGCAGCAGCAGCAGCAACAACAACAACAACAACAACAACAACAACAACAACAGAAUCACAGCAGCAGACCAUUUUCUCCUCGCGGCUCGAAGACGCCUUCUACGCGCGGAUCCUCGCGCUGUGCCGGCGGCUGCGGCCGAAGCGCGUGCUGCUUGAGGUGGGCAGCAUGCAGCAGGCGGCACGGGUGGUGGACAUGGUGGCUGGCGGCGGGCCCGGGCUGGCCGAGCUAUACCCGCUGCAGCGCGCCGAGAUCUGGCGAGACGACCCGCGCCACGACCGCCCCGACGACUGUCGGCAGAAGAGCGUGGGCGGGCACGAGAUUCGCGUGCGGGGGUUCGGGGAGGGACGGUCUGUUUAUUUGUGUCGGGCUGAUGUGUGA